AGUUCUGGUUUAAUUAGGGUUACAGGUUAUAAAGCUGAUUAAUCCCUAAAUUCCAAACACAAGUCCAACGUUAUAUUCCUUCGUAAUCAUAAACCAUGGCUAACAGAGUGGAGUUCUUGAUAAGAGACAACAAUAACAACGGGACAAAGUUUAUGGUGGAACUAUACGAUAAUUUGGAACCCAUAGUGCAGAAUUUCUUAGAUUUAUGCCGACGACAAGAGUACAUAGACCCCAGACUGGAAGCCAUGCCCUCAGGAGGGGUGAGGUUCAAAGUCAACAACCCGGCGAAUCAACCCCGUUUAGAUAUCAAUCUCAACAACAAUGUAGACGGCUCUUUAUUCAAUCAAGGAGCUCUCUUCAUGGCAAACGAUGGGUCCUUCAUCAUCAGCCACUCCUCGGACGAGGCUUCAAGUUUGAGGGCUCAAUGUGUGACGUUUGGGCAUGUGGUUCGCGGCUAUAAUGUUCUCCGGAAUAUGAUGCAGGAUGGCUACGUAUAUGUUGUUGAUUGUUACACACUUUGAGUAUCUCUUGGUAGCUAUGUACUAGUAUAAAACAUACGCAAACCACGGGUGUUAAAUUUUUUUUUUUUUUUUUUUUUUUUUUUUUGGAAUUUUAGAGAGUUACAAGGGCGAGUGAUGAGAAUCGAUCCCAUGAUCACCUGAAAUCGGAAGGAAAGCUUUAACCAUUUGAGUUAUCCCUCACUCUCACGAGUGUUAAGAUGUGAUCACUCUAAAGUAAACGAUGCCCACGAUGAGAGAUUACUAUGUAAAAUAUCAAAAUAUAAGUAAAAUAAAAGCAUGUGUAUGUGUGUAUGUA